CCACUUUUGAGCGCAUUGGAAUUUACACAGAAUUCAUUCCCAUUUUCCUUCUUUUUUUUUGCUUCUCCUCUCGUUCGAUUAGCUAUGGCUGCCGCAUCUGCAACCGCUAUUCAUCGGAAUCAGGUUGAUCUGUCCGACUUCAUUAAUUGGUCUGGCGUUGAGUGCCUUAACCAGAAUUUCAGCCACACUUUUACAAAUGCUCUUAACCAGACUUGUAGGGAUAAUGAUAGCUUGCUUUUGGAGAGUGAUGCAGAUGAGCAGCUUUUGAUAUAUAUACCUUUUAACCAAGUCAUUAAAUUGCAUUCCUUGGUCAUUAAGGGACCUGAAGAGGAAGGCCCUAGGACUGUAAAGCUUUUCUCAAACAAGGAGAAUAUGGGAUUUGGCAAUGUCAAUGACUACCCUCCCAGUGACACGAUUGUGCUCUCCCCAGAUAAUCUUACGGGAAAGCCAGAAGUUGUAAAGUACGUGAAAUUUCAAAAUGUUCGUAGCUUGACAAUUUUUAUAGAGGAUAACCAAUCUGGAGCUGACGUUACAAAAGUUCAAAAGAUUGCCUUGUAUGGAACAACGGUUGAAACAACUGACAUGAAGGGUCUGAAGAAGAUCGAGGAUCACUGAAUGCAAAAAGAGAGGAAUCAUGGUCUCUCUCUCUCUCUCUCUCUCUCCCUCUCCCUCUCUCUCAUAUGAUUAUGAUUAUGAGUAAUUGAUAUCAAAGAUCAAUUUGCAGUAAAGAUAAGAACUAUUUAAUGGGUUUUGAUGUCAUAUUCUAGAAUUUUGACGAGUUUGUAUACUUGUUCGAUCAGUGGCGCGUAGUUCAUUCCAUGUAUCACACCUAUGCACAUUGUUAGGUAGUUUACAAGGAGGAUCAAUGGUGAUAAACUCUCUAACUUUUAGCUCUGCUUGAUGAUCAUGGUUGAGAUUGAGUCAGCCAUUUUAUAAGAAUACAUGGGGCGUUGGUUUAGUA